AUGCCUUUGAAAUGCAACUCAUUCGCUGCGACUCAAUGGCUCUCUGGACUCCCCUCCGCAACUGCAAUCCUACUGGGGCCACCAGCAGUUGAGGCACGCUCUUCUGGCGACGGCCGUGGCUUGGGCCUCUUUGCAGUCCGCGACAUACCAGCAUUCUGCCAGAUCUUGUCAGAUGCGCCCCUCAUCUUGAUGAAACCUGGCGAAGACUUACCGGAGCUUUACAAGCAAUUCAAUGGCAUAACGAAGGACGAUCAAGAAGUUUAUACGAGUCUGAGCGCUCACGACAAUCCUGCUCGAGAUGCACUGGUCAAGGACAAGCUACUUCAAAGAGGAUUCGACCAAGACGAAUUGGAGCAGAUGGCCAAGGUAGCUGGUAUCAUGCAAACCAACGCUUUCAAUGUGGACUUGCAAGAUGGUCAAGGGUCUUGUCAUCGUGCACUGUUCCCGAACGUGGCGAGGACGAAUCACUCCUGUGCACCUAAUGCGCACGUCUGCUUCUACCCACCCGGCGACCAAAGUCCUAGGGGCCGUAUCGUGAUCCAUACGCUCAGGCAAUUGCGACGCGGCGAGGAGGUGCUCAUAUCUUACUUCAACAUCCUCCUCCCUCGAUCAGAACGUCAGUCGAAAGCGCAGAAAUGGGGCUUUGAUUGCCGUUGCACUGUCUGUGACGAGGAGUCUCCAGAACACCAUCGAUUCGAAAGGCAACGGAAAGUGUGCAGGGAGUUCACCACAAGACAGACGAGUCUUACGCAGAGCAACACUGCUACCAUGAAGUCGAUCAACAGCAUGCUCGAGAAGGGCCAAUUGCUUGUCGCUGAAUUUGAAAGCUGUGCGGAGCUGUUUCCUGCCAUACCAGACCUCUAUGACGGGCUCGGCAUGCUGCGGGGAAAGGCUUUGAUGGUACAGAAGCGUGAGGCACAAAGACAGGACGUGAUACUGGACCUCGAGAAAUCAGUAACGUGGGAGGCAAAGAUCACCGGAAAGGACAGUCCGGCAACGCAAAGACGACUGCAGAAGCUUGUUCAAUUUGCGGCUAAGAGAAGAUCAAAUGCUACACCCAAAAUUGACGCAGAUGAGAGUGGCGACUUAAGUCUCGUUUGGCCUUGA